AUGGUUCAUUGGAGUGAAUAUUUUUGGGGCGAAGGAAAUCGGGGUUUUGAGGUGUUAUCAAGUAAUGUUAAAAAUGGUGCAAUAGCUAUUGAAGAAUUUCAACGAUUUCUUAAUGAAAGUGCACAGUGUGAAUCAGCAUACUAUAAAAGUCUAUCUCGUUUACAAUCACAACUAAUUAAAAACCAAUAUUUGGGCACAUUUACCCCCAUAUGGAAUUUAAUACGUGAUCUAUUCGAUAAAAUUUCUUCAACACAUUCAGCAACUCUGAAUUUUUAUCAAGAAUUAUUACGUGAUAUUCAUGGUUAUCAAGAUUUAUAUCAAAAAAAAGUUAAAACACACAUACAAAAGGAUGCAGAUAUAUUACGUACAGCUGAACUUAUACCACAAUUAAAUAAUUCAUUACAUAUAGUUAAUAAAGCUAAAGAACAAUAUCAUUCGAUUACAUUAGAUUGUGAACGAGCAAAACGUGUUGGAAAUAAUUUAUUCAAUAAUUCAUCAUUAGCUACAUCACAAGAAAAUAAUUCACCAAGUCUUGCUCAGACAACAUUAAAUGCCUUAGCAGCAAAUAAAAUAGAACGUUUAGAAAAAAAAUCUCGACUUGCUCUGGAUGAAUAUAAAUUAGCAAUUGAAAAAUAUAAUAUAAUUAGAAAUGAUUACGAAAAACGUUUUCAUGAUGCUUGUACGAAAUUUCAAGAUUUUGAAAUUGAUCAUGUCGAAAAAAUGCUUCUCUUUUCAUUAAAUUUUUCUGAAACCCUUCAACGAAAUCAUGAACAAAUAACAAUAGCACAAAAUGAUUUUAAUGAUAAAUUAAAAUCAUUUAGUGGAAAUGAUCUUUUAGAUGCAUUUGUCGAACAAAAAAAAACAGGAACAGAUCGACCAGUUGUUUUACAAAUUGAAGAAGUUGAUAAUCUUAGAGCAUCAAUACCAUCAACAAAUUCCAAUACGCCUGAUACAUUUAGUGGUCAUGAGGAUUCAAAUGUAUUUGAUCAAUUAGAACCAAGCGUACCUUCAUUUCAUGCUCAUUUUACUGUUCCAUCAUCAAAUACAAAAAAUAGUGAUAAUAAUAAUAAUAAUAAUAAUAAUAAUAAUAAUAAUAAUACUCGUGCAUUCUCACCACAUUCUGCUGCUAAUCAUUCAAAUUCAUCAUCACAUAAUCUAAUAAUAUCUCCUACUUCAAACAUAACGACAACAUCUGUCAAUGUCACGACGUCUAACAAUCAAAUGUUUCGUUCGCAAGAAUCAAAUAGUAGUAUUGAGCAAACAUCGAAUCCAUUUGAUGUCAAAAUAAGAAGACCAAAAUUUUCAGGAUUUUUUGGCACAAGUCGUAAAGAUAAAAAAGAAAAGAAAACUGAAAAAAAAUCAUCUACAAAUGCUACAUCUACUAAAACUUCACAAGUUGAUCAAUCACGUGACGAAUUAAAUGGAGUUAAUUUACAAAAUACUAAUCAUGAAAUCGAUGGUUUUAAUAAAAAAAUUGAUAAGAAAAAUGGUUCUGUGUCAAGUUCUUUCAAUAUUGAUAAAACUAAAUGUGCAACACCGGAACCAUAUAUUCAAUCAAAUUCAAUCGUAAAAAAUGAUCACAGGCUUCAAGUUUGUCAUAGUGAAAAACCAAUGUCAUCAUCAAAAAUAUCAACUUCGACUGAUUCAAGUAGUGAUGAUGACGAUGACGAUGAUGAUAAUUUAAUGCUGAAAAUUGAUUUUAAAAUAAAUCCAAAAACACACAUGUCAUCAGAAACAGAUGAUGAAACAAAAAUUGUUAAUGCAAUGCGUCUUAUUGAUAAAAAUAUGGGAAAUAUUCUAACAACAUCUAAAGGAUCGACAAACAGAACGGCAGAUUUGAACAGAUCAUUAUCAAUUGAACCGAUUGGUGCAAGAAUGCCUCCACCACCCAUUCCAUUACGUGCAACCUCCACUAUACCAAAUAGUAUAACAACAGAUAAUACCGAUCACUCAAGAAUGUUUCCACCACAUGAUGAAUUCGAUCGGUCUCAUACACAUUCGACUAACACAUAUACAACUAAUCAAGAAGAUCUAGUUCUUCCUCUACAAUCGACGAUAGAAAGCAAAUAUACAACAUCGAUAUCAUCUACUGAUGACGAUACAGAAGUUGCUAAUUCAUUUCCUCAUGAAGAUUUUACAACAAGUAAAACAAUUUCAUUUCGUCGAUUGCAAGCACCUUCUUUACGUCAAUCAAAUCAACAACAACAACAACAACCAAAAUGGACUACUGUUAGUCCAUCAAUUACGUCAAUUAAUCAAAAUUUACGUAAUACUCCAAUAGCAUCUCAUGAACAAACAAUGUCUCCAUUAACUCUUGAUACUAUGGAUCAAAUUCCACUUGCAAUUGCUUUUCAAGAAAUAAUUCAUGUUAUGAUAUCUGGAAAUAAUCAAGCAAAUUGGAAAAGUCAAAUUGUUGGUGAAAUGCUCAUUUCAUUUCCAGCUUCGAUUUUAAAUCUCCUUAUUGACCCAUCACAUAUUUCAAAUAGAUUACAAUUUCAAUUGAAAAAUUUACAUCAUAUUAAAAAUAUAAUUGCAAAACCUUCAUUAAUAACACAAAAUGAAUCAUCAACGGAUUCAAAUGAACCAAUUUAUUCGUUUGAUAUGACAGAAUUACAUAAUACUCUUCAAAAUUUACAGGAAAAAAAUCUUUCAUCACGUUUUUUUAAUCUUAAUGUGCUCAAUUAUGAAGUAACACAUUCAGAUGUAUCAAACAUUCCAAUUCAAAUAUCAUCACAAUGGACACGUACAUUUAAUACUAUUUCAGUAAAUAUAAAAUAUAGUUUCAAUAGUUCAGCUUUACCGAAUUCAAUUCGAAUAAAUAAUGAUACUGUGAUAUUUUAUACGAUAGUCACAGAUGGACAAGAAAUAAAAGAAUCAUCACCGACUGCUGAAUGGUCUGUGAAUGAAUGUAAACUUUGGUGGAAAGUUCCAUAUGUAAAUAAUGGAACAGGAAAUUUAUCAGCAACAAUAAUAACUAUGGAAAAGAAUACAGUUGAUAAUGAUAGUGAUCAACAACAGCAACAACCAUUAACAACAUCAUCGAUUGUAAAUGCUUAUUUUCAUGGUGAAAACGCACUUUUUUCAUCAAUUGAUUGUGAUCUUGCUUGUAAUGGAUAUCGAAUAUCAUUGCUCAAAAAGAAAAUACUCAGCGGUAAGUGUUCAAAAAUAAAAAUUGAGUAA